AUCCGAAACCCAGAAAUGAAAAAUAAAAUCAUCAUCCCCACUAUCUUCCGUGGCCAUCAGUAUAAGACGAUUUGUCAGCGCUGGAAUAACGCAUACAGAUUUGCCACCGUGUAUGACACUGUGAGGAGGAUCCCUGUUUACUCGGCCUACACGUUCUUACAGCAAGGGAACACUAUCCGCAGUGAUGAAUGGAAAAUUGAACCUCAGCUUGAAGAUAUCAACGAAUAUAAAAACAAGAAAGAGAUGAUGGAUUCCCCGAGAGACCUGAAAACUGUGGGAAACAUAAUUAACCAGGCUGUGGACUUAGAUUAUGGAAAGAGUGUGUAUACUCGAGGUCAUGUGUUUCCACGUAGCUAUGCUGCUAAUCAGGAUCAAGCAGAUUCCACCUUCACUUUAACCAAUAUAGCACCACAAACACAAAACAUCAAUGGGGCGUGGGCAAAGCAAGUGGAGGAACCGAUGCGUACUGAAAUAAAGAACAUUUGCAGGCUAGACCAAAAGCACCUGGCGUACAUUGUGACCGGGGUCGUUCCAGGGAAUAAUUGGAUAAUGAUAACAAGAGGCGAAAACAAUUAUGAAGAAGGAAUUAAUAUCCCCAGUUAUUUUUGGAGCGCUUUCUGUUGCACCGGUAAAAAUGAUCAUAAGAAACUCAUAUCGAAGGCCUACAUCGCUGAGCUAGAGAACUUUAAAGUACUGAAGCCCUCCAUUGGCAGGCUGAAUAAACGACUCACAGACUUGUAUGGUCAGGAUUUCAGUGUGUUUCCAGGAUUAUCAGUUGAGAAAAUACAGCCUCCUUUCUAACCUGAAAUUCUCUAUUUAAAUCUAAAAAUCGCAUAAAACAGCUUCAUUUAGUUAAAAACGUAUGUAACAAGAAACAUUAAAAUGCUCUAUUAUAUUCCAUCUCAUCUUCUGAUGCAUUUUUAAUUGUACUAAAUCAAGGUGUUUAUUUACGGCUGCUUCACACUCGGACAGCGCAUGAUUUACAGAUGUUAUAUUCAGUAUAAUUACAUACACUUCUGUCUGUUAAUUAUCCUGCAGAUCUUUAAUAAAACUUCA